GGGGGGCUUCGCUUGGUGUACUGUACUCCGUAAUGCGAUACACAUUCAUUCGGUAUGCGGACGCGAAACCCCUUCCUUCAGGUUUGAGCCUCAGCUCUUACAGGAAAGAUUAAAGAAAUGCACGUAACGGACCAUUCUGAUCUGCUUGCAGAGGUUCCCUAUCAUCAGGGCCGCUCAAAGAAUGGUCACGGUCGUACAGUGCUUGGUCACUUCGGGGAAAUUUGUACAGUACUCAUUACUACCGGUAUAGAUCUUUUGACCAGGAUAACAAUGUCGGCUUACCGGGAUCGAUAUAUGGCAUGUGUAUUUUUUUUUCACGGUCGCUGGACCACAAUAUGUUUUAGUCUCGACUCCCAACCCAGCUGGGACUGACCGACCGACAAUACAAUGGAGCCAAUAGUUAAUAAGAAGCAGGUAUUCUGAAUAUCAAGUUCUCAUAUGAGAUUCAUUCGGUCAAGAUUCUCCUCCAGCUA